UGCAGCGCGUGUGGUGUACACACACCGCCCCGAGCAGGAAAAUGGACCCCUUAGGGAGGCAGGCAGGCGGUAGCCGCGCACGCUGCGCGCUCCCGGGGAGGCAGCGGCUAUGAGGAGGCGAGCGGAGGACGGGGGAACAAGCAGCAUAAAAAAGAAGUGUUGAGAGCUGCUCUUAACCCUUUUGGAGUCCGAAGUCAAAAGGGAACUAGGGGGCUUGAUACAUCCCUUGCAUCCUGCAUUUACUCUGACCACAGUCCCUCCCUGUUCUCACAAGUGGAGCUCUGCCCUGCUUCCCUUCCUGUUGAUUCCCAGUCAGCUACAUGACUGCCUGAAGUUACAUUGUAGAUGCUGAAAUCACUGCACCUUAAAAACAAAAAGAUUAAACUGCACUGCAUUCUUACAAAUUGCCUUCAUGGUCCUGGUCCUUUGGUUCCACACAAUCAUCGACUGAGCUGAAGGAGAUCUCCCUAUAGCUACUGCUGGAGAAAGGACACUGCAAGGGACGAAGUGACUCUGCUAUCACACAGCUCAAACUGCUUCAAAGGUCUGCCCAGUGUGCAGUGGUUGGCAGUUUUCCUCAACUUUGCAAGAGAGACAGAGAGAUUUGGUUGGAAUGAAACCUUGCUCUCCGAACAGUCUGCUUGAGAUGCAGCAUUGAAAGAUCACUCACAAUCAGUUUGUGGCCUUCCUCCGAAGGAACCUCUCCUGUCUCUUCUGCACAAAUGCAAUUAGGAAACCUGUGAUUUCUCCUGAGCCUUGCCAGUCUGACAGCUUGGGAGAAGGAAGUGAGGAGAAUGCAGGGAGUCACUGGGCUAACAAUGAUCGGCAGUCACACUCAAAACGUCUCUCCAAUCAAGGAGGGCGUAGCGGGCACCGAGGUCUCCCUUCACUCUACAAACUGCAGCAUCUCGGCACUUGCAGGCACCGUGCUUGUUGUCAAUCAAUCAGUGACAGCCAGCACUGCCUCCACAAGCACUUAAUUCCCCCUCCUGCCUUUUCUGGAGUGGUAUGAACUGAAGAGGAUAGGAAAUCAGAGUUAACGAAAGACACAGCCUCUCUCUGUUCCCUGCCCCAAUGAACGUCUGCACUAGGUCCAAGGCUUGGAGUAAUUUACCUGAAGAGUGAUACCAUUUGGAAACCACUGAAGAAACCCAAGACAGCUGAAAACCAGAAGGCGUCUGAGGAGAAUGAGAUUACUCAGACGGGUGCAUGCAGCGCCAAGCCGGGCCUUCCCUGCCUGAACCUUGAAGCUGUUCCGUCUCUGAGCCCGGCCCUCAUCCACGCACCACAUUCACCAACAAACCUGCACGCACACACAGGGUCAUCUGAUUGUAACAUCAGUUGCAAGGGGAUGACAGAGCGCAUUCAUAGCAUCAACCUUCACAACUUCAGCAAUUCUGUGCUCGAGACCCUCAACGAGCAGCGCAACCGUGGCCACUUCUGUGACGUGACGGUCCGCAUCCACGGGAGCAUGCUACGCGCCCACCGCUGCGUGCUGGCGGCUGGCAGCCCCUUCUUCCAGGACAAGCUGCUGCUGGGCUACAGCGACAUCGAGAUCCCCUCGGUGGUGUCAGUCCAGUCCGUGCAAAAGCUCAUUGACUUCAUGUACAGUGGGGUGCUGCGGGUCUCGCAAUCAGAGGCCCUCCAAAUCCUCACAGCUGCCAGCAUCCUGCAGAUCAAGACUGUGAUUGAUGAGUGCACAAGGAUUGUCUCGCAAAAUGUGGGAGAGGUCUACCCGGUGAUUCAGGAUUCUGGCCAGGAGACACCCAGGGGAACACCCGAAUCAGGCACUUCGGGGCAGAGCACCGACACAGAGUCCGGCUACCUGCAGAGCCACUCGCAGCACAGUGUGGACAGGAUCUACUCGGCCCUCUAUGCCUGUUCCAUGCAAAAUGGCAGUGGGGAGCGCUCCUUUUACAGUGGGGCUGUGGUCAGCCACCACGAAACAGCCCUGGGGCUCCCCAGGGACCAUCACAUGGAAGACCCCAGCUGGAUUACCCGGAUCCACGAACGGUCGCAACAGAUGGAGCGGUACCUCUCCACCACUCCAGAGACCACACACUGCCGCAAGCAACCACGCCCUGUCCGAAUUCAAACCCUGAUGGGCAACAUCCAUAUUAAGCAGGAGAUGGAGGAUGACUAUGACUACUACGGCCAACAGAGGGUGCAGAUCCUUGAGCGCAACGAGUCUGAGGAAUGCACUGAGGACACUGACCAAGCAGAAGGCACUGAGAGUGAGCCCAAAGGGGAGAGUUUUGACUCGGGAGUCAGUUCCUCCAUUGGCACUGAGCCCGAUUCCGUGGAGCAGCAGUUUAUGGCUGGUCUGGGCCGGGAUGGGCAGCAAGAACCUUCUCAAGCAGAUCAAAACGACGUCCCUGCUGACGGCGCUCAGCCUCAGCAGCAGCAGCAGCAAGUAGAUGCCAACUCUUCCUCACCAGAGAGAAGCAAUGACGUUGAAAUGGACAGCAAAGUGCUCACAGUCAAUAACAGCACCGAAAAGGGGGCUUUGCAGCCUUCUGUCAACACAACUGUUGCCCAACCAUUGCCAACCACACAGAUCUACUUACGCCAGACAGAAACCCUCACCAGCAAUCUGAGGAUGCCACUGACUCUGACCAGCAACACUCAGGUCAUUGGCACAGCUGGCAACACCUACCUGCCUGCCCUUUUCACCACACAGUCUGCUGGCAGCGGCCCUAAGCCUUUUCUCUUCAGCCUGCCCCAGCCCAUAGCUGGCCAACAGACACAGUUUGUGACAGUGUCCCAGCCUGGCCUGUCAACCUUUACUGCUCAGCUGCCAGCCCCUCAGCCCUUGGCCCCAUCUGCGGGCCACAGCACAGCUGGUGGGCAAGGCGAAAAAAAGCCUUACGAGUGCACUCUCUGUAACAAGACUUUCACCGCCAAACAGAACUACGUCAAGCACAUGUUUGUACACACAGGUGAGAAACCCCACCAAUGCAGCAUCUGUUGGCGCUCCUUCUCUUUAAAGGAUUACUUAAUCAAACACAUGGUGACGCACACUGGCGUGAGGGCGUACCAGUGCAGUAUCUGCAACAAGCGCUUCACCCAGAAGAGCUCCCUUAACGUGCACAUGCGCCUCCACCGUGGGGAGAAGUCCUACGAGUGCUACAUCUGCAAGAAGAAGUUCUCCCACAAGACCCUGCUGGAGAGGCAUGUGGCUCUGCACAGUGCCACCAACGGCACGCCUGGAGCCACCGGCACCGGCGCCAGGGCCGUCCCCGCUGGGGUGGUGGCCUGCACGGAGGGGACCACGUACGUCUGCUCUGUCUGUCCAGCUAAGUUUGACCAAAUCGAGCAUUUCAACGACCACAUGAGGAUGCAUGUGUCAGACGGAUAAGUAGAAUCUCUCUCUCUCUUUGUUAUGAACAAAAAAAAAAUAGAAACAACAAAAAAAGCUAUGGCACUAGAAUUUAAGAAAUGAUUUUUGUUUCAUUUUUACCUUUAUUUUCCUCCUUUUUUUUUGGGUUCGUUUCGUUUUGUUGUUUUUGUACUACAUGAAGAACUGUUUUUUGCCUGCUGGUACAUUACAUUUCCGGAGGCUGGGUGAAUAAUAAUUUUCCCAACCUCCCUCGGAUGGUGGCCUUAAGGCCAGGUAGUGCUUCAUGAGCUCCACUGGUUGGAUCUCUAGCUACUGGCCUCUAAAUACAACCCUUCUUUACUACAAAAACAAAAACAAAAAAACACAAAAAAAAACACAAACAAAAAAAAAAAAACAUAAAAAAUCAAAAAACAGACAGAAAAAAUAAAAACAAAAAAAAAACAAUUUCUUUUUUCUCACUUGUGAAGAGCACUACAAAAGAAAAAGAAAAGAAACAAAACAAAAUAUAUUACAAAAUCUACAAGGCCUACUGUCGUUAUAAGUACACCGCUCGCAGUGUUUCAAUGGACAUAAUUCACAAUGCUGACCGCUUUUGGACUUCACAGUAUCCAGUUAGAACUGUGGAAUAUUUUGCUUCUGGUUGAGCAGCAACCAGAGGAAACAAGGCCCUGCUGGUUUCCACCACGUGUCUGCUUUCUCACACACACAUGCAUCCACAAACACACGAAAGGGCUGAGGGGAGUGCAAGGCAGUGUGGCUUGGAUAGUGUGGAGUCCCUGCAGGAUGAGGAAAAAAGAAUCAGAGGUUCCUCACCUGGAUUCUGCUCCAUCCCACGCUCUCUGGCUCACCCUCCCCGCUGCUUUUCCCAUACCACCACCACCUUACAGCAGAAACCAAGAAGAUUCAGACAACGAGCAACGGUGGCUUUUUGUAAUUUAUUCAGUGUCUUCGCUGAGCCCAGGGCCUCAGCACAAUCAAGAGGGACUUUCACAGAAGGCAAAGAGAAACACAGAGGAAAAUCAAAGAUAUCAGAGGUUGCAACCUAUGGAUCUAGGUACAAGAGAAGGGUUAGUUCCCACAAUCUUUGCAAAAAAAAAAAAAAAAAGCAUCAGGAUUUAUUCUUGUGGAAGAAAGAGGAAUAGAGGGCGGGUGGGGAGGGGAAUAAUUAAAAAAAGAGUUCUUGGGACUUUUUUAAUUCAAAAUUUUAUAGAGGGGCAAAAGUGACGUUUACCAGAUAGAAUGCUGAUUUUUUUAAUAUAUUUACAACAGUAUUUGUGUAAAAAAAGAAACAAAAAAAGUGAGAUUGUUAAAAGUAAUUUUUCUUUGUUUUCUUUUUUGUUUUGCGUACACUGCCACUAAUAUCUUCUCUUUUAUUAUAUAUAUGAAUAUAUAUAUAAAUAUAUAUUUUAUUUUAAAUUGAGACUGUUAAGGUUAGCUAACCUGCUUCCAGAUAGAGGGGGGGAGGGGAGAUGAUCUUGAUUUUUAUUUUAAAAAAAGAGGAAGGAUGUUUCUUAAUUUUCUUUUCAAGUAUUAUUUUUUUCACUCUCUCUCUCUUUUCUAAUGGAAUCAAGAAUUACCUGGGUCGAUGAGGGGCUCUGUGAAGUCAUCUGUGGGAUUAUCUACUAGAGUUUGUGCAUCCUGCAGUAUGGGUUGAACUGCUACUUUGUUUUUUGAGUUACGUGGUUCUCUUUUGGCUCUUACCAAGGUUCUGUUGUUUCUGGUUUUGGUUCCAUCUCAGAAUUUAUUUCUGCCGAAGGGAGGUUCCUUUUGAGAAAGAUAGCUUCUUGCAACGUUCCCUUGUUUUUGAGGCUGAUAGAGUUUGUAGUCUUUUUCUUUUCUUUCUUCGUUUUUGAAAAUGUAAUGAAAGUCUUGGAAGUGUGUAAUAACUAGGAUUUCCCUUCUUUUUGGUCACUGGACAAGAAGUAAUCUGCUGUAUUGUUCUCUCAUCCCUGCCUUGCUCGCUAGAGAGCUUCCAUAUUUGUGUGGGAAUCUGAUCCUGCCCCCGGUAAUUUGUGCUGAUGCCAAAAUAACUUAAAAGGUUACCAUUGCAAAUAAUCUUCCCUUCUUCAUUUGCAAAAACGUCUAACUGAAGGGCCACAUCCCGCAUUCUCUGCAUAUGCAAAGCUAUGCAAGGAAUGUAGGAUCAGUGUGACAGAUUGAUUCCUGAUCUGCAUAUACAUGUUGGUGUUCUGUAUUUUGUUUUAUUGUGUUUGGGCUGGUGUUCUCCCUAGUUGUCUUCUGUGUAUCUGUGUGAGAAUUUUUCCCCCAAAGCCAACUCCCAAAGUACAUGGGUCCUUAGUUCAGUUGGAUCAGUGUCUGACACUGUCUUUGUCUUGCUUGAAAUCCAUAGCUAGGAUUUGCACCAGCUGCACUCUGGACUUUAUUUUUUAGGCAGAGAAGAAGCACCUAACAAAAAUAUGCAAAAAGAAAAAAAAAAAGAAAAAAAAAAAAAGAGGCUAGUUUAGCUUUUACUCGUGUCUAUAUUUAAAUUAAGCUUUCUUAAGUUUACAGAACUUUGCUUGUGAACACUGAGCAUUUCACAUGAGACAUUCUUUGAUGCUGGACAACCUUCUAAAUAUUGACUCGAUAGGUCUGCACAUAAAACGUUGUGUGUUCUUUCCACCUGCAGCUUCUGUAUCGGAUGUCUGUGAUUCAGCACAGGUAACCUCGUUGCUACCUUCUAGGCCCGUUCCAUUGCUGAUUUACUAUGGGCAAAAAAAAUCCCAACAGAUACUUCACUCUCAGAAUCUUUCUGUAACCUGCAAGGUAUUGUUCAGCAGAUCCUAAAUGUCCAAGGCCCGAUUCUCACUUGCACUAGAACACGUAAAGAGACUUUGAGGCAAGUGCCAGAAUGAAUGAGCCUUUUGUGUGGUCAUGUCUUUUUUUGUCACCAGUUUCUUCAGGUAGUUCAAGGAUUUUCACAAAGAAUCUACAUUAGUUUGGCUGGGCUACAGGAGGAGCACAAGCUAGUUAAAAAAUAUUGUUUUUAUAACUGCACUGGUAAAAUAAAUGCUGACAUGUGAACCAAGAAGUGAAAAGACUAAGCCUAAGACACAGAGAGGGAGAACUGGUAUCUGCUGUGCGAAGAAACACUAAAUCUGUACAGAAAAUACAGGGAUGGGGAGGAGAGUGGGGAAUGUGAAGCUAUACAAAAGGAUUGGAAGAUGCUUCUCUGGGGAAAAGGAGUUUUUUUCUGAGAUCUUUAGUGUUGAAAAGUUUGGUGUUCUCCCAUAUGAGGAAUUAAUGAAUUUCACCCAGCUUAAAAAUUUGUAGCUGUUCAUUUGCCAUCUGAGGUCUGGGGAAAAGCUGUUUAAUUUGUCAUUGUUAAAUUUGGUCAACCACGGUCAAAAUGUAGCAUAUUCUGGAAUAUGGUUCUGAUACCAGAAGAGAUUUCAGUACACAGGAAAUAAGAAUCAGGGUUUACAUCCACCAAAAUCCAAAUACUAGUGUUUAAGUGAAUUAAAAAUCAGUUUUGAAUGAAUGAAAGGUGCCAAUUAAAAAGUAAACUCCUUAAAGUAAAGCUAAGGCAUAUAAAUUGUGUUCUAAAUCUCUUGGACAGUUUGGGUCAAGGUCUUCACAAAUACCUGCCUGAAAUACAACCUGAUUUUAUCAAACUUCCAGGCUCAAAAAUUAGCGACUAGAUUUUGUAAAACAUGGAGCAACUUGCAGCAUGCUUGUAAAUGUAGCUGAAAGUGCUCAUCUGAUCACUUCCAUAUUUAAGUGCCCUUCUAUGAACUUAGGAGCUCACACAUAGUCCCCUUUAUCUUUUAAAAUAUUAAAUUCUCUUUAAUAAGGCUUCCUCCUGUCUGUAGAAAUAUAUAUUUCCUAUGUGGAAACACCUACAGUAGCUGAAUGUUACAGGUAUUUUCAAGCUUCAUGCAUUGCUACUAUAUUCCUUACUAGAAAGAAUACCUGUAGGACACUGGUAGUCCCAAUGAUCUACAAACUGCUGUCGACAGUGUUUGAGUGCAUCCAUCUCAGUAUGCUUGAAAGGUUUCCUUCAAAAUACCAGGUAAAAUGAGGUAGAUGAGAAAGAGUUGACAGUACCACACAUCCCUGUGCUGGAGCAUGCAAUAUCCUGCAUUCCUUGAGCCCGAUUCUCCCUUUCCCUAAAGCUCUCUUUAUAUUGCUUUGGCAAUGGAAAAGGGCAUUAAGUGGGGCACAGAUUCAAGCAUACAAAUCAAAGCCUCUCUACAAGGCAAAAGUGCAAUUAGGAAGCCUUAGGUUAAAUGAGAGGUAAGUGCCUUCUCCUACUGCUGCUGAGGCUGGUGAAGUCAAUUGAAAAUGUAGGAAUGGCCAGAGCAGACCCGCCCUGUGGUCCACCUCACCCAGUGUUCGGUCUCUGACUCUGUGGCAAGGUACAGAUGAUUGGGAGGAAGAUUAAAGACCCGUGUUGGAUAAUUACAAAGUAGUAAGCCUAAGAGAGAAGAUUUAUUAUAAUCCCUAUGAGAUAUGUAUCUGCUUAUAACCUGAAGACAUAAUAAUUGAUGGCCUUAACUUUUUAUCCCAUAUAAAAAUUAUAUAUUGUGGCAGAUAAUUCUCAUUAUCCUACAGAGAUCUAGCUUAUUAAUUGCUAGGUGGCCCCAAUGCUAUCCUAUGGAAGUGAGUUCCUCAAUUUAAUUACAGCCUUGUAGAAAUGAUUCAUUUUCUGGUUAAAUUUGUUGCUGUUCAUUGAAGCACCCUUGUUCUUGUAUUACAUGGAAGUAUAAAUCAGAGGACCAAAAUUUGUCUUCUCUUGUCCAUUCCCCUGCAGUCUGCCUCUCUUUGGGAAAUGUGAAUCCACAAGGAAUGCAGGACCACAAGGUCAGUGUCUGCUGGUCAGGAAGGAGAGAACGGCAAGCAAGUGUGUCUGUGUGUGUGUGUGUCGUGUGUAUGUGCUCGAAUGAGGUUCUCCUACAAGAUAUUUUCCAGAGGCACAGAAAGUACAACUUGUACAUAAUGAGAAAGUAGCAGGAGAGUACACUAGUCUUCAGAAACUAUUAUAUGAGCAUUUUGAGCCGGUCACUCCUCUCAUAAAACACGUAGUAUUAGUCUCUUGUAAGGGAAAUAGAGCUGUUCCGUAGGAGCUGCUCUGGGGACACUUUCUCAACAACUGUCUUGCUCCCACUAGGCCCAUGUCUGGCCCAUGCUGUCAGAUACUUUCAAAAUCAGCCCAAAUUCACAGUAAGGUAACAGGGAAAAGUAUAAUUUAAUUCACUCUCUAAGAGAAUAAGAUUUCCCUUUGCUCUAAGAUCAGAGGCCAAGUGAUACCCAUUUUUCUUCUUCUGAUUUCUUUUUCAUCCAAAGAAGAGUUGAGAUAACCCACAUACCAUCAGCCUCCUCAACUCUUACUCACCCCAAACUGACUGAUUUCAGCGAGACUUGAGCUACUCGAUUAAUUCUGCAUCAUUAACAUGGUGGAGGAACAAAUCUAGUGUUAUACUAGUGUGUCUUGGCUUUCUUAGUAAAGAAAACAAAUCCCAUAGGGAUCAUCCGUCUUCCAAAACAUACUCUUUGCAGGAGCAUUGAAUCCAGUCCAAAACCAGAAGCACCCAAACCAUUUCAGACAUAACCAGACCUCCAGUAUGCUUAUGACUGUGACCUUUUAGACAGUUUUAUGUGAAGCUAAUCUUACAGCUCUCACUGCUCAAGAUGACUUGCUACUCAAAAAGAAGUAUAAUAUCAAUUUCGUACCUGGUGACUGUUCUGUCAAGGAAAACUAGACCUUGGUAAUCCAGCCCUUUCAACUCAGUAUCCAGCUCCUCUGAGCUAUCAAAAUAAACCUGACAGAAAUGAAUCAGCAGGUAGCCUAACUGAAACAGCGUCUCGUCUGCCUAAAGCUAAAUAGCUACUUUUCACAUUCCCAGAUUUGUUGGUGCACUGGCUGUGAAAAUUCCUGAAGGAGGUGUAACGUGAUGAGAACUCAGCUCUGAGAGGUUUUGAGCCUCCUCAGAUCCCAAGAGGCUUGUCAAUCUGUAGGAUUUAGCCCCUAAGUGAUCAUAACUCUGCUGCAAAAAGACUUAGGAGAGAAUCUACAACUAAUAUGUUAAAUCUGGAGUCCAGAGUUUAUAAAUGGAAGAAAAACCCUUCCCAGUAUUUGAGUGUCCCCCGGACAAAAAAAAACAAAAUCAGGUGGGAAGGCCUUGCAGAGGGUAGAGACCAAAUGUCUAUGACAUGUCCUUAUAAUAAGACAGUUAAGUAUCAUAAGGUGGCCUGAUGCUCAAUUUGUGUCCAUCAGUGGCUUGCUCUGGCCAUGCAAAGUCAGUUAUACUGCAGUUAACCUUCUUGUUUGUCCUGCCAGAAGUAGUACGUAAGGUCUCAGUUAACUUCCUUUAGAGUGAUCCGGUUCAUCUCAGCAGGAGCAAAUGAGUCCCCGUAUUUAGACAGAUGGCCAAGGUGGGAAAUUUGGAGAAAAAAUAAGAUGAAAUGGUUUGAAGAAUAUGCAUAUACUCUAGUUCAGACAAAGCAAAAAGUUGUGUUAUGUUUUCCUUAGUGCAGAACAGACAAAUAGGAUCCACAAGUGUGACACUGACAGAGAAAUGAUUUAUCUCAAAACAGAAAUGCUUUGCUCUCAUAGACCUAUUGUAAAAUGCAAAGGAGAAUCUGUUUCAUUUUUCUGAGAAAAAAAAUGUAAAUAAGAAAAAAGAUGUGUUAAGUAAUAGUAUAUAUCCACCUAAUUAUUCCCAAUGCUGGUAACUAAUCGACUAGAUCAGUGCCUCUAGGAACAGAGAAAAUGUUACGCAUUCAAUGUUUCUGUUUCUGAUCCUCCUUCAGUACAGAUCAGGAGUAACUUAGAUGAAAACAGUGGAGUUACACAAGUUACACAAGUGCAAAAUUUGUGGUGAAUGAAAGAAUUAUUCCCCUGUAUGUCUGUGAAUACCUGGACAUGCAGCCACUCUGAGUUAAAGUUUAUCAUUACUACGAUACUGUUCAAUAAUUUUGGUUUAAAAUUUAUAUUUUCAGUGGGGAAAAAAAUACAAUGUUAAAUAUAGACAGAUUUUUUCCAUGAUUUAUUUAGGAAUGGUGCAUGUUUCUUUUUGCACUUAAGCCUCAGAAGCACUACUUGAUCCCCAGACAUUACAAGAGUCCAGGUGUAGGAGAAGCAGAGUUGACUCAUCUACUGUAAAUAAGGUAAAAGAGUAAAGUGGACCUGUAAUAUGCUUUAAGUCACUUGUGUUGCAAGUGUUGCAAUUGGUAAUUCCAAUGAAGAUUUUCCUAGGUUUGUUAUAAAAUACAGGGAAUCAAAUAAUCCUAACCAAAAUUCUAAAAAAGUCACAUCAGGAGAAGAAUUAGUCAUGUUUUUUUAAAUGCCUGUUUCCCCUAGAAUUAUCUAUAAAAACUUCUAAAAUAAUAACAAGAGACUGACUCAAGACACACAGAACUCUGCUAGUGUUACAUGAAUCUUCUGAUAGUAUCUCAUGGUCACAGUUUCCGCUGCCUGAAUUAAGUCUACUUUACUAACAGAUUUCCUUUCCCUGCAGUCAGUGAACUGAGAUUUUGUGCACAAGCACAAAUGCCCAAGGAAAAAUCUUAAUGUUUCCCCCAGGAAUAUUUAGCAUAACAAACGCUUGCCUGUCAGUCGCUCUUGUGACCUCUACAGCAAGUAAGUUGAAAUAGGGAGAGAAAAAAAAAUAAAAGAAAUAAAAAAAAAUAAAAAAAAAGGAGUGUAACUGAGGUAAGCAGGCCAGGAAGGUCUUCCAAACACUCUGUUAACUUGGACUUUAACCCCUCCAAUUUACACAUUUGUCCCUAACUAUUUUUUAAAAGGCAAAAAGCAGUGAAAUACAUCUUUUGGAAAUGAAUACACUUCAGCCUCAGAUACAAUUGCUGCCUUAAAACACAUGCAUCUGAGCAGUAUGGAGUGUACUUAUGUUUUGUAUCUGUAGCAAAGUUUCAUCUAAAACAUUCCCUUCGUUCAAAAUGCCUUAUAUUGUGUUUUCCUGUUUGAGAGGGUAGGGGAGGAGUAAAGAAAUGUUAGUGACACAUUGGGGUCUCCUUCCAUUGCUUCUCAGCUGUUUCUUACCUUCUGUUACAGCUGCAGGUUUGGUCCUCUUCCAAAGUGAUCUCCUUUAUAUUGGGUUGGUUGGCAUUAGCUCCCUGUAUAAUACUGAAGGAUAAAUCCUGUUUCUAAACCAAAUUAAUAUUAUGAGGGUAAGGCUGUGUGAUUUGACUACUGACUCCAGCCUCACCCAUGCCAGUGAAAUGAAUUCACAUGAGAGAAACCCAAUGAAAAGCUGUUUUCCAUUGACAAAUCCCGUUCUUAAUUUCUAUCAGUACAAUCUGUAGUGACACUUUUCGGAUUGUGUGCACAUCACUGGAAAUCAAUGUAGGCACUUUGGUCGUUUUCCUAUGAUUUACUUGAAGAAAACUAAAGAAGCACCAAUAUAUCCUAUCAUUUGUGAGAACUGUCCAUUGCAGCCCAUAGGUGUAUUCAUGUUUCCACUCUACAUUGCAGACUUAAGUCCUCCUUGUGAAGUUUCACAUCCAGUCAUGCAACUACACUCCAAGCAUCUCUAGUAAAUAAUCUGUCAGGUUGGGCUCAGGUACAGCGGUAGCCCAUAUGCUUUCAUAAGGCCCCCACUGGGACUCACCAUGCUGGAAAAACUGGUACCAAGGUAGCGAUGCAUUUACUGCUUUAGGUGUUUUCCUGGCAGAACUGCACACCUCGUGCAUUUGACUUGGUGAUUUUUGCCACGUUCAGCAGACACUCAUCACUUGAGGAAAGUGCAGAGCUUGGUUAGAUACUUGCUGUUAUACACAGCUGUCCGAUUCUGCAAUGUCCUGUUCCUACAAAACAGACAGGUAUGUUUCUGAGGUCUGUACAUAUAACUAGGCACCUAUUUCAUUUCACUCCUUUUUGCUACCUGGAUAUUACCACGUUCUUUUUUGGCACUUAUAAAGGCCCUUAAAAAUACCCCCAAUAUAUUGUGUUUGACUAGAGAGGAGCAUCACAUUCAGGAAGGAGAACUACAGUCACAAAAGUGCCCUGAAAUACAUCACAGCUUUUCUCUUCUCACUCACCCAUGAAGUCUUUUUUUCGGUUCUCAUUUGUCGCACAGUCUGAUGGUAUCUAUGGGAUCUUCAAACGAAAAUAAAUUAUAUGGCCUCUGUGUGUGUGUGUGUGCAUGCCAACAGAUGUGAGUACGCAUGUGUGUGUGUGCGUGUGUAGGUAGCUAGCUAGCUAGCUCUGGCUUUACAGAUUCCUAAUUGGGUAUGGAUCAGGGAAGGGUUUAAAUAAAACAAGGGUUACAACAUGAACUGUGGAGCAUUGGCACGAACCAGUAGCAAAUUACUUUAGCAGUAUGUGUGUACACACACCAAACACACCUGGUUGGCCAAAUGCCCUUAACUGAACGUUUGCCCAAACAAAGCAUUUGCCCUCAUUGAAAACUUGACUCCCAGACCUGGUCCAGUGUGUUUUUAUGAGUGCCUCUCAGAGCACUGCAGGGUCUUGCAGCCACAACAUACGUAAAACAGUGCUGCUCAGCAGGCUUCACCAGCAGAAGGGACAGCCAGGGGACUGGCAGCUUUCGAGCUAUACUCGAGUUCAGUCACUCAUUUCCACUGAAUUUCAUCAUGUUCAUCUGACAGGGGAAUCAAAUGCAAACAAUGUAAUCCCACUUGCCUCUUUGCUCCCCUCAAAAAGGACAGUAAAAAAUUACCAAGUCAUUAAACAGUUAGCAACGCAGUGUAUUGAUACGUACAGGCUCUAAAAUAAUCUCUUGUAUCCAGAGCCCCAUCAAACAGCUCUUUCCCCACCUCAUGUACUCUGCAAUAUGUUGGCUAUGAAUAUCUUUACAAGUAGUAAAAACAAUGUAGGCAGAAUGUGCAGUCGCUAACAAUUAACUUUCUCUCCCGUGGUCUUUGCCAAAAUCCUUUCAGGAACAUCUUUAGUGUGUCUAGAAGACUGGUAGGUUGUCAGGAGAAGAAGGCAUUGGUUGGUGAGAGCAUUCAGCAUGUAAUCCACGAGAACUGAGGGAUUUCUGGAACUCAUUUUGCUCUCAUUUCGUUAGCGGGAUGAAUCAGUAUGUUUAGCUACAGCUGCCUAUUUUGGUAUCGUGUUGGCCCUGAAGUAGCUUUUUAUUCUUUUCACUCUGGAGUUCUUUUGUCCUCGUCACAGAAAGGGUAAUUGAUGAUUUUAUUUUAUUUUUUUCCUUUCAUUUUCUCUCAUACAAAGUUGAGUAAAUGUUAUUCCUCUUCUUAUAUUGGUGGCAUUUCCCUUCCCCUUUUGAGUAAGACGAUAAAUGCAACAAUUUUGGCUGGUUGAUUUUGGGGUGAGGUUUUUAUUUUGGUUUGGGGUUUUUCUUUGGUUUAAUGUACAUUGUCUCUCUAUAGUCAAAAUGUCUGUGACUGUAACAGUACGUAUUUCUUUUACUGGAGAAAAUAGACUUUUUGGUUUUUGUUAACAGUACUAGUGACUUUGUGGAAAAUGACAAGUUGCUAUUUAGAUCUGCUUAGUUAAGUACAGUACACUACAAUACAGUAUUUCUGAAAGCUAGAACAUACAGUACACAAUAUAUAUAGCAAUUCUAUAUCAAUAUAUAUACAUAGUAUAAUCAUUUAACUUUUGCAUCUGCCUAUGAUCAUAGAGGAAUUAUUUUUCACAUGUAUCAUUCACAACCCAAUCAACUGCUGCAGCUAUUUGAAGCAUUUAACAAUCAUUAUUACAGCUCUAGUGUGCUUUUUCAUAUUAUUGGCUUCUUUAUUGUCUUUACACGUAUUUUUUCAGGCUUUUUUACAAUUUCUAUGUAGCGAGAUGUAGGAAAGUAAUUUUUUUUUAAGAAAAGGUAAAACAGUAUUAGGCUCUACAAAAAAUUAGAUAUUGUUCCCUGCUAUCCCUUUCAUAUCAGAAGAACAAUAAGUCAAAACAAUUAAGAUUAUCUAUUAGCUCUCCUCAAAGAUGUCCUGUUGUUUCAUUUGUAAAAGUGUAUGUCAGACUUUCCUCUUCCAUUACUACUAGCCUUGGAGAAAGAUGCCGCAAGAGAUCUUUCACUCUUUCCAAGAUCUGUUUCUUCAAAGUCUUAAGAUUUCCUAAAAUUCUUCCCUGCACUUAGAAGAAUAUAUAUUAUUCUUUUUUACAGUUAUUCUGAAUGUGGCCAGUGGAUUUUGACAAGAAUUGGAUACAAAAUACCUCUAUCCACCACUAUUAAUAUCACACUUAGAUCUUUCCUUAUCCACUUGAUCCUCCUUUUUUCAAAUGACAACACACUUCCAUAAGUCAGAGUUUCAGUUCAAAAGUUUUCCAAGAUGAGUGUUGCCUUUAUCAUCUUCCAGUCAGUUCUGAACUUUGAGUCAGACCCAUUAGGAUUUCAUUAUCAACACGGAGCUACUGAAAAAAACUGUCACUAGGGAUAUGUCAACAUCUAGAUCCAAAGAGCCCGGAGGAAGCUGAUGGAUGCCCAGACCUUGUGGCAACCUUGGGGUGUUCUUUCUGAAAUCUCAUCUUGUAACAGAUUGCCCGUGCAGUGAGUCCACAUCAAAACUUUGUACAAGUAUGGUUGCUUUUCUGAUUCAGGUACAUCUCAGCUGACCUUCAUUCCUUUGGUCAAUAACAUAUCACUCCUAACUGACAACGUGCAAGAUCAAGUGGAUGAGGGUUGUGGAGGAGGUAUUCAUUGUAUCUCAUUUCUUCUAACUGUAAAGACUGGAAGAAAUAAGAGAUGGUCACAUCAAUUACAAACAUUGAGAAUGAGAAAAUCCGUAUCACUGAAAAUCAGUAAACUUAAAAGUGAUUUUGGAGUGGGAAGAGAGGGAAAGAGUUAACUAUUCCACCUCUUGGGAUAAUAAGAUGAGAACUUCAAGCAUAGGAAUCAUCAAGUGCUGGCAUUUCUUACAGACUCCUACCAUCUGCCAUUUGCACUUAUGUGGAGGCCACUACCACAUCCUUUUUUCUUUCUACUUGCAGUUUAAAAGUCACGGUCUUCCAGCAGUGAUUUCUAAGUCUGGCUUGUCUUUAUUCUCUGUAUAUCCAUUUCUGAGGGAAGGAAGAGACUACUACUUUGCCCUAUUACAUAAAGGAUGAUGUUUGACCCUUUAAGCCAAAAAGGUGCCAUUUCCCAAAUUAAUUCCAGUUAGCUGCUGCAACAGAGUGCUGAUUCAGUGGUCCACGAUUUCUGACCAUGGUCUUUGCCUUUUCCUUUGAGUGCUAAAUCAUACAUAUUUUAGUAGAGAGUGUUCUCACAUCACUGAGAAUGCCUGCUCAUUUAAGUGGCUGCAUACCCAUUCCACGCUUCCCCUGCUAAUCCUUUGUAAGGUUCAGUAAUUCAUUUAGGAUAAUUACUAGUUAAUAUGUUUCUUGAUUUAACUUCCUUGUUGCCUUUUAUUUUUCCUAAUGCUUUUUUUAAGCACCUCAGUUCAUUUUGCAUCUUAUACAGUUUACAGUUUAUAUUUUUAGGCUAAGAAGUGGUUUUACAAACAGGAUGGUACCAAACAGGUAGAUUAUCCACACUAGAGAUUGUACUUUUAGAAUGCAGUGUGUACACAUACAAUUGCCUAAGGGAAAGUGAAACUAACAAAAUAAUCGGCUGGUGAACACUAUUUUAACAUAUCUUUAACAUAAAGGACAGUCAGUCAUUUGUGAAUCCAGAAAUCUUGCUUUUUUGAACAUGUAUCCUUUCUUUUUCAUUCUCUGAAGAAACACUAGUCUUGAGAAUUGUGUUUUCUAAGAAACUGAUUUCAUAUGUGCAUAUCUUCUGCUUUUCUGAUGAGACAGAAAACAGAAAGUGAUACUGGCUUUGCAGUUUUAUACAAUCUUGCAUUGGAGACUUUCCUUGAAUGAUAUAAACAUCAAGGGAAGCCCCUGUCCAAGUAUUAGCUUUAUUCUAGUAUAUGGUUUUCAUUAUUUCUUUUGUUUUCCAUCUCCUCGUUGACCGAGCAGACCUUCUGGGCUAAUGCAAGCCAUGGUCUCAUGUUUCUGUAGCUGACAGCAUUUGUAUUCAGCUCCCUUUUGCACUUCUUUUCUGUUUUGUACAGCUUUUGAGGAACACAACAUUUUGAAGUAGGUAACACUGUCACCACGAGAGGGAGAACCUUGUACUAAGAGAACGUUGCUCUGUGCUACUGUGCAGGGACAGAAAGGGAUUUUAAAGCUCUUCACUGCAAGGUUGAACAAGAGGAGAGUCCCCCCACCUCGGGGGUGCUUGCACCAAAGACUGGGGGGCUCCCAGGAAAGAGGAGUGUUUGAACUCCAUACAAGAGACUUGCUCAUCACCCACACCACUUAGAGGAAAAGACUGAAUCUUCAGCAUCUGCUGCUGCUCUUUCUUUUUCAUGUAUGACUAUCUUUAGUUUUUAAAAAGGUAUAGUUCCUAUUUAUUGAGGGAAGAGAUGUCACUCUUUCAGUUAUUGGAGUCAGAACUAAACUUGUUUGCAAGCAUCUUCAACAAGUUUCAUUGUCUUUUGGGGUGCCCUGUUUCCUUUGUCCUAAUGACAGGAUGUAGGUCAGACUGCUGUGAAAUUCUUAUGAAUCUUUUAAAUCUUUGAUAUAUUCCCAGUUCCACAUACGCUGAGCAUUCAGUCCCCUGGAUCUUUGCUCCAAAGUUCAGAUUCAAAGAAAUUCUUACAAGGAAAUGAGGCAGAAAAUUGGUGGUUUCCCCUAAGUUCCACCCAUAAUCAGCUUUUGUUGCCAAACAUAAGAUAAAUAGGCUGCUCAGCUCAGGAAGGAUGUACUGCGUAACCUUUCUUGUCAGCACCAGUGAGGUCUAUGCUUAAUCCUGAAAACUGAUCGGACCAAUACUCACUGGGCUAAAUUCUCCAGGCGUGACUCGUAAUCUUUUGUUGACUUCAGUGCAUCUUCUCAGACAUGGAAAGCAUAUGUAGUCCUACAGAAAGUCAUAGUCCUAAGAGCUAGUUUCGUAUACAUCCAUUAAGAUGUCACAGGAUUGCUCCCACUAAUUUAGCAUUUUUCUGCCCAAAAUUUUUAUCCUUCAUAAAACUGACCUAAGAUUUGAUUUCAUUCCACUGGACAGAUUUUACCUGUGUUAAGGGCUCUGUGAUUAAAUGGUCUCUCCUUUUUGCUGGGAGGCUUCAAAAUUCAGAAGGCUGCUUCCCAUUGAACAAGACAUCUUUUUUGGGACUCUUUUUGUCCAGAGAGAGGUAAAUAGUAGCAUGUUUGUCUUCAGUAAUUAAGUAGUGAGCCACAACAGCUGGUGUAUAUGUAUAUGAAACAUGGCAAUUUACACCCUAAUUUACAGCCUUGCUACAUCACUUUUCUAUUACCAGAACAGUGUAAAACAUUUGGGGAGUAAGUGACAGCUAUGACCCACUGUCAUUGCAGCAGUGAUAUUUGGAGUUAAUUGAUUCAAGGUUUCUGACUACUUUACCCAGAAGCUCUCUAGCCAUACCUUUUCUGUAAUUCUGUGGGUAAAAUAAAGUUGCUUCUUUGUAACAUCUGACUAUAUAACCCCAAAUGCAGAGUAUACAUCAAGCUUUUCUUUAGACAUUUUUUAAAAACCAUGCUAUUGCAUCGUAUGUGCAGGAGAAUGGAUUGGAACCCACAUAGUCUGGCAUGAGCCUAGCAUUUCAGCAAGCAGAUUGGGCACCCUCAAAAUACAGCCAGCUGAACAGCAAGAAAACUCAUUGCUGAUGAUUAGAGAGGCAAAAUUGAUAUUCACAGACUUUACAGAAAAGCUAGAAAGCUUUAUCAGUUUUGUGUCUCGUGUAUGCUUUGACACGGGACACACUGCUGUAGCUAUGCACCCAGACAGAGUGUGUUUAGAUGCUGGCCCCUUGCCAUGCCUAGCAAUUCGAUUACAGUCUCUAUUUUUUAUGGCAUUUUUCUGCUUUGGAGGUGGAUAUUCAGGGUCCCUGCACCCUUGUUUAGAUUCCUUCUCUUAGGCUCUUUCCUUAUUUCUGUGCAUUUGAAAGCCCGUUAAUCUUUUCUGCACUAGAAUGAAACAGAGUGUAUCUGUGUGUCUGGAGUCGAGGGCACAGUUCUCCUACCUUUGCAAGACAAAGAAAAAGGAGGAACCUGUUUCUCAUAUGUUCUUUGGUUUAUUUGUUGGUAUUUGCUUUUGUUUACAUUCUUGGUUGGCUGCAGUCUUCAACAAAGGAUCGGGAAUAGGAGAAAAGAGGCAUGAGGAAGCACGUUCCUAAGCCUAGAUGAAGCAUCAUGCAAUGUACUCUAUGUACCAAACAAUUGCAGAGAGGUUCAUACAGCAGCAGUGGAAUUGCCCUAAUGUGUUCCUCUUUCUAUACAUUUCCCCUUCUUGCUCCUCCUUCCCUGUUGUGGCCUCUUACACAAUUUUAGUGGUUCCCCACAGUCCUUUCUCGUUGUUAUGAUGGUUAGAUGGAAGCUCUUGUGGCUGUCCAGACUGAACUUAAUCUCCAAACCAGUGAGUAUCCCAAGGUCUUUAUUGCGUUUUCCCAAGUGAUAUCUUAAUGAGUAGCAAGCCCCGGCAGACGUUUUAUUUUGUUAAAACGGAUCAAUUGACAUGGGGAGGUAUGGGCUGAUUGGGAUUCAGUAACCGACUUGCCUUUGUUACUAGUGAGCUUUAUUUUGUUUGUCUUGUGUGUUUUCAUAUUUAGGUACGUAAGAGCUUAUAUGCCUGUCAUUAAAAUUCCUGCUUUUCCCACCAUAGUCCUAGAAGGGCUAUGAAAAAAAAAAUCCUUUAUAUAUAUUGCUUGUGUAUUUGAAGGGUGAGGGAAGGAGCUGUCCACGCACGUGUGUCUCUACGUGAGAGGGAGAAAACUGAAGUUAGUGUCGAUCUGUCCAUUUGUUCUAGGGUGGCCACAGAGAGCUGCCACGUUGAAGAGUUGAUUGCACUACAGAACCUUAGCUUGGGCACUGUUAAAAUAAGGACUGUAUAUUGGGAACAGGGAAGCUUUUUAGGUUUUUUAUCCACACUUACACAUGCCCUUUGCAAGGCGUACCCUUGCAAAGUUUGCAUCUGACAAGUUUGUGUAAAACCACUACUGACCUUUUUGCUGUAUCCAUUUAGUUCUCUCUUCUUUCUGCAGCCCCCAGACAAUGACUUGUCUCCUUUCCAUUUCCAGUUGUUCAGCUUAUUAUGUUUUCAAUAAAUGUCCUGUCUACUAACAAGAUCAUCUACAUUGAGCAGGAGGAGGAGAGAAAAUAAGGCAUGUGAAAGUGUGGCUGGGAGACUGCAAAUCCCCCUUUGUUUUUGGGGCAUUCGUGUACUUUUACUGAGAGCUGAUUUCUUGGGGAUUGGGUGGGGUGGGGAGGGAGUUUGUGCUUUUUUGGUCUGGAUAAGGCUUUUUAUUUUUGCACUAAGUAUGACUGCACUGCACUGCAUUGCACUACUGAAAUGUAUUUACAUGUGGUGGGAUUGGAAGGGGCCAAUUAAGCAGGAAGGGAGAAGAGAAAGGGAUGGGCACAGAAAACAGGAUGUAUCUUAAACUUGACCAGGUUGGAAGAGAACUGAGGUUACCUUUACUUUAAGCAACUAGUCAGACACUGAGAUAGCUGUAUUGGAUAGCUUCUGUAAAAUAAUAAUAAUAAUAAUAAAGUAACAAAAGCACUAUCAUGGAAACAGAAGAGGCAUCACAGGUUUCAGGGUGCUACAGAUCUUUUCCCCCGUUUUCCUAGAGAGUGCUCUUUGCGGCUGUGAGAGCGUUAAGAGAACUGCUUAGCACAAAACCAGAGUCAGGCUUCAACAUGAAGACACCAGUUCCUAGUUCAAAAUCUGCUCAAAACCUGCCUUGUCAGAUCGGAUCUCCUCAGAGAUGUUUGACUGUAAUCAGUAUCCCUUGGGUGUAAGCAUGAUCUCUCAGCUCAAGAAGUGAAGCCACAAAGCAGGCUUACCAAAGGGGAAGGUCACUGAAAAUAAAUAAAUAAAUAAAUAAAGCACUUCUUUCAAAGGCUGUAAUGGGGAUGGUGCAAUAAACAGUCAUUCUGAACACUCGAUUGAAGAUGUUCCAUUCAAGCCUUUGGGGGCAGAGGGAGCAGGAGGGAUGUGGACAAGGAAGGGCGAUGUGGAAUUCAGUACAGUAAGGAAUAUUCCUGCUUGGGCUAAGAUGCUCUCCGGCAUUUUUAGAUCUUCAGUCUGAUUUCUCUCCUCAAACAGAUAGUCAAGCAUUACCAAGGCUUUUGGCUGGAACCAAACAGAAUCCUAAGCUGGAAAGUAUUUUACAGUCAUGAUGCAUGUUGGCCUAUACCUUGAUCAUUGACUUCGUAACAAGCAUAAUAUGAGGAAAAAAACAAAACAAAACAACAACACUAAUUUGCAGCAAGGUCCAUCUCUGCUGUAGCUCUUUGUGGUCUACAAACUAUCAAAAUUUUGCAUUGAAUCUCUUCAGUAAGACUAUGGUUACAACUUCUGCCAGAAGGCAGAUUAGAAUCAUGAAAAAUGCUCUGUGUAGCAGCCAGGAGAAGAGUGUAACACAGGAGAGCAUCUGCUUUGGUUCUGCAGUAUAGGGACCACCUGUCUGAUGUGCACGGAGGUUUCAUGAGCAAAAGAGGGGAGACAGGCAUCCAAUUCCUAAGGAAAGCCUACAGUAAUCGGGUAUUCACAGGCCUAUUCACACCCUGAAUUUCUCCUUAGGCCUGAAGCUAAGACCUUUUGGCUCCAUUAGUACCAAGGAAUGGGCAGCGGUACAGACCUUACACAGAGCUGGUUUUGUUGGUUGGUCUGUUGGACUGCCUCGUUUGAGGAAAGUAUCAACAACUAGAGGAGAAGUAAUAUAUCAGAUGCGGGUCCUGGGUGAGAAGGAGCAAGUCUGUCUGGAACCAAAAGAGACUUUGGAGAUAAGGAUAUGCUUGUCUGGGAAACUGAGAUUUCCACUCUUAGUUGGAUUUCAUCCAUCGUGGCUUGGAAGUACUGGAAGAGAAGAACUGGAGAUGUCCCCCUGAGGUAGUGUUAGGUGAACUACUGAAUGACUCUUCCCGUGAGAGCAGGCAGGGCUGUCUCUUUCUCAGCCAUCUGCAGGACUCCUGUAAGAUGAAUACCACUGGAAGACCAUCUUCCAGUAACGAGGCAGCGGAUGCCCGACAAAAGCACAGUUCGUUUGAGAGCCAGCAUAACACAGUGGCAGGAGAGCACAUUUAGUUUAAGUGGCAUUUGCUUCUGUAAGAGUAGUGACGGCUACGAAGUCAUGAUAAGGGAGGAAAUCAAGUCUGUCUACUGAAGUUAAUUUGGGUUAUGAGCCAAUAGUCCCCAUUUUUGUUUAGGUGAGUUUUGUUUUGUUUUGUCGUUUAAGGCAGCUGCAUAUAUUGCUACUGUCCGAGUAGAUUUGCGUUGUCAAAGAGGAGUAGUGGACUGCUCCAGAAAAAAAAGUGAAGCUGAGGGUUUACUGAGCCUGCUGUGUCCAGAGUGCCUUUCCUGCUGUGGUGAAAUAAAGAACUUCUGUAGUUUGAGCUGUUCUGGCUGACUGAUUGCUGCAUAUUCCUCCCUUGUGGUGUGACCCGCUGUCAGCCGUGUUUGGACAAGGAGAGGAACACUGCAUGCUUGCAAUGCUGUGAUAAGAUGCCAUUUGCACUAGUUUUGUUUUUUUUUAAAAAAAAGUACUGCAACCUGGAGAAGAGGGCUUUGAGCCAUGCUCCCAAAUGGGGUUUGAAUUCUGCCUGUUUAAACCUGAUUCCAGCUGACUGAGUUUCAACACAAGCGGUCUAGUCCAUGUAGAGAAGAACCAAACCAUUUCAGAAAGCCACAUUCCAGCCUUUGUUCCCGCUCGGUUACAGUGCUCAACCAGAUCAGUUCCUGGACGUAAGUGCGAUUGUAGAGUUUUAAAUGGCUCUUAAAUAGGUUGUUCCUUUUUACAUGGUCAGUUUGAAACUAGUUUGACUGGAACUGCAUUUAAAUAUAGCACAAACUCAAUUUUUUCAGCAUGGUACUAAAGCCCCGUGUAGACAGUGCUUGACUGAGAAACCAAGGAUAACUUGAGGUUUAUUUUAAGAAGCCAAAACAUAUGUUGCUGAUUAGAGAUGCCGCAUAACUUAAUGCCCUAUUUUUUUUCUCCAGAUGGAGAAACACUAACUUCCAUAAUUCUCCUCCAUUUGUCAUCCUGCUUCGUUGUUGCACCUUUUCUCUUGAAUGAAAAUCACUUUGGCCAGUGGGCUAGAUCCAAACCAGAACUUCCCUUUACUGUUUGAUCAUCUUCUUCUGUAUGUUCCUUUCCUAGACGUUGACAAGCACUACUGAGGAUCAGCUUGAGUAUUUGCUGGGAUUGUGUGGCGUAGUUAUAGUUCAAUAAGAUGCUAGUGAUGUUUUCAACUCUACCGUAACUGUAUAGCAUACCCUUGAAGAGAAUGUUGUUUCAGAAGUUCCAGUGGAAAAAAAAGAAAAAAAAAAAAAAGGAGAUGCCAGGAACCGUGAUGGAGCUUCAGUCGCAGUGCUAUGGCUGUGUCUGUAGGGAACACAUUUCUGGUGGCUGGUGAUGCUGACAUUUACAAAGGCAAUUCUGUAGCAAUAGAGAAUGUAUGCUUUCUCAUCCCUGCUGAACUUAGAGAAUUUAUGCUAGCAGAAUGAUCCCAGACUACCCUGUUAGAGUUCAUCACGGUUUCCCUGAUGGAGAAGGCUAAGCAAUCUGUCACAUCACCUUAGGCAGUCUGAAUUUGCUUCUAGACUACUUCCAAAUGGCCUGCCAGCCAGGCGCCCUCCCUGGUUGAUCCCAAUUUCACACUGGCUGGUGGUUUGCCAAAUCAACCAAGGUGACCAAGACAUAGCCUUGGCCCCAGCUAGGAGCCUUUUACCUUUCCUUUUCCUUUUGGUUUUCCAUCAAACCAGGAGUGCAAUUAGUGGUGAGUAGGUGGCCGUUCAGCUGUUGCUCCAGGUGACAAGAAUGGCAAAGCCGCAUGGCAAAUUGAGCUACUGUUGUCCCUCAGGACACCCGUAAAGGCAAGAGGCUGGGCUCUGGUUGCUGGUGUAGUUCCAGGCCUACAGCUUCUGCUGCUUGCCCCCCAAAACUUGUUUUGAUCAACCAUGCUGUUGCCCUCGAAUAUGCUUUGUGUGUGAAAAACUGAUUGCAGUUGUUCUGUUGUCUGUUUUCUCUCUUCUGCAUCAUGGAUGUGGCACCAACUUACUCUCACAAUGAGCUUGGGUGUUGUUUUGCUGUUAUUAUUAACAUGUAAUUCUACUGUAGACCAAAAAAUAUGAAAAGGAAAAAAAUCAGUUUCAAGACGUAAAAGACCAGUGAGUGAAAGGUGAAAAAUUUAGGAAGCAAAGGUGUAAGAGAAGCAGUGGUUAACUGUGUUAAGUUAGAAAUCUCAGAAUAGCCUUACCUAUUUCUUAACCAAUGCUUACCAAUCAUCCGGUAGUGGGGUUAGAUAGCUUUCUUGGCUCAUUCGUACUUGUAUCCUAAUAUAUAUAUAUAUUUUAUUUUUGUUUCUUUGGUAUUGCUGUUGCACAUCAUGUUGUCUUUUAUAAUGCCUGAUUUUAUUGUAUUGUACUUUAUCAAUCUGUUUUGUUUUUGUUUUCCUUUUGAAGGAUGGGAUAAAUAAUGUUUCCUUUUUGUUUUGAAUUUUUGAAAAAAAAAUGCACUGGAAGUAAACACAAACACAUUUUGUCAUUUAAAAAAAAAUAAAUAAUGGAAAACACACAGCUACGCAGUGGAAAAGGCUAAGAAAAAGCUCCUCUCUUCUUCCCUAUUGUGGAAGCAUCUUCUAUCAGAUAUGCUAGAAAGAAAACAAUCAAUCUCAAACAAAGGAAGAGAGAAGCCUCUUUGAUCCCAGCUCUGCUACCUGGUGUAUUUAAGCACAGUGUUUUGCAGGGCUGGGCUCCUAAAUGGCCAACAGUCAUAAAAUCCAGAACCACAUGGGGCAAAAUUCAUCCCUGGUGCAAGCAGAUGUAAUUGCAGUGAAGUCAAAAGAGGUACACAAAGGAUGGAUUUAGCCACAUGCAUGCAAGAUACAGCUGCCUUCCCUGUAGUACCUAAGUCCCCACUGCUAGAUUUUAUUGAUGUGGAAACGGCUGGUCUUUUGGCUGUGUUAAUCGCAUAAUACCCAUUGAACGGUGUUCGAGGUAGGCAAAACACUUCCCCACUGAAUAAAUCAGUUCUGGAUGCACCUUUGCAUGACGCCUUUUGCCUACCAGCUUUCAGCUGUUACCCACUCCCAGCCGCGAACUGAUCCGAUCUAACUCUGGUUGAAGAGCCUGCCUUUGCCAGAAAAUGGACUUGACUAUUAAGCGUAGUAAAACUUCUGCGUAUUUAACUACUAUAACCCAGAAAUGGCCCUUGCACUUUUAAGGCAUAUGGAAACAUCCUCUCUGUCUUUCAAAAUGGCUACGGUUCUUUUGCGAGUAAAACGCCACAGACACACAAACACACACAAAAAAUAAAUAAAUUAAUUAAAAAAAAAAAAAAAUCUGGAGGCUCUUUGCCCCAAAUCCUUCCCGUCUCUUUCUGUGCUCGGCAGUGUCCUGCCCCCCUAGUGCCUGCUCACCUGAGUACAGCGGGACAGAUGCGCGUGUUGAGACGAAUGCAAAGAGCACGCCUUUUAAAAGGCAGAUGAUUUUCCUGUUAUGCCAGCAUCUUCGAAUUCCCAUAUCAGCUGAUGGUUUUUCCUAGCCUGACGGCUUUCAAUCAGUUGUUGAAACAUUGGCUUUCGCUGUUUUGUUUUCUAAGGAGGGAAUGUGGGGUGGGGAGAAUAAUGUGGUGUUGUUUGUAACUUCACAGUCCUGAUAGUUGGUUUGUAUCUUCCAUAUUUUAUGCAAAAACAGACAUUAUAAGUCAAUAAAUAAUUGUGCCCUAGGUUGAAAGUUAAGUGUUCAGGAAAGGAAAAAAAUGGUUGGCAUUUUUCUACAUUUUUGUGAAGACUCUUUUGGAAAGGAAGGGUACAUAUUUUUGUUGUGUAGUAUUUUCUAUUUUUGAAUGCAUUUUCUUGGUACAAGACUGUUUUGUGGAAUUUUUUUUCUUUUUGGUGAACACAUUAUUUAAAAAAAAAAAAAAAAAAAGAAAAGAAAGAAAAAACUAAUUGAAAAGUUUGCCCUUAAGGAUAUGCUGCAGUUUUGAGGUUUAAAAUAAAAAAUAAAAAAACCAUUCAAGGCGCGUGUUAAAAGUUGGGGGAUUGUAUUGUUGGGAGUUUUUUUGUAAUUGUUACAAGAAGAAGUUUGUAGCCACUGCUGUUUAUUUUGUUUCAGAUGAGUAAGUAAAGGGAUUGUUCUUGUGUUAUUCUUUUUUUUUAAAAAAAAAAGUUAUUUAUGAAAUGUCACAAACACUGGACUGUGAGUUUGUGUGGAAGCAUUUUACCACCCUGUGUCUUCAUAGAGCUGUUGGUGAUCCUACUUCUCAUUACUCUAUCUCACGAUUUCCUGAGCAAAUCUGGGGGGAAAAGUGGGAGGGGGAGAAGUAAAAGAGAAACUGAAUGCAUUUUUGAGGCAGAAACUUGGGGGAAAAACACAAAACGGUGUUUUGGAAUCCCAAACCCGCUCUGUCAGCUCUACUUCUCCCAUCUACCACAGGAACACAAAGGGCUUGCACCCACUGGUGGAGAAGGAAAACCUGUGGUACGUAGACGUGGCAGCGUGCAAGGGGACAAGUGGCUGAGAGCCGCGAUGCUCAUAAGGACCUCUGUAAAUGACAUCCCAGCUUCUCAGCCAAAUGCUCCCCUGGCAUGCCCAUCAUAUCAGGCCAGAGGCUUUUGGGACAGCCUCACCAACCCAACCAAAACCCUGAGGGUGGUUCUGCCUUUUCACGUGCCAAGCGAGCUCUUCUGGCACCCCACCAGUGGGCGCGAACAGCGGGGAGCACUGCUCAGUGCGAUCGCCGGCUGUUGAUCUGGGGAGAAGUAGAGACUGGAGGUGACCAAAGAGGUGUGUGGUGCUCUCAGUUUCGAGGAACAAGCUUAGGAACGAUUGGAGAAGCAAUGCUUCAGGCAUUCGUGGGACCAGAGAAAAGGGAAAGGGGAAGACACCAACAGCCAUAACAAAAACUGGAGAUAUGUAACUGGGCGACAUACUAGACCAACCAGACUCUUUUCCUUCCUGGACAAUAAUGCAGCCAAAUCUUGAGACUGUCAAGCAGACAGAAAGCUGAAUGUGGCCUUCAUUUCUCCUGCCUUUCCUUUUUAUUCUCCCUCUUCCUGAGAUUUCUUCUCAGUGAGCAUCCGCUCUGCUGAGCACUUCUUUUGCCCUCCACCUAAACUGCCCUUGCUUUCGAAAUGUGGGUUCAGUCAGGACUGAGUAAAAUCAUGUGCCUUCUUUUUCCCCUUUUGUAAGUAUACCGACCUCCUCCCCUUCCCCAACUUAGACGUGCGAGAGAGGCAGGAGGAGGCUGCUUAGGAGUGCUACUUGUCUACAGGCGUCCGGCAAAACACUGAGGUGGUGGCGAGGGGAAGGGGAGUGGAGAGAGCUGUCAGCUCCUUCCCCUUCCCACACGUAGCAGGUCUUCCCAAGGAGACACCCUCCGCCACCACCUCCUCAGAGGGCCCUCUCUCCUACCAUCAGUCCCAGUGGGCAUGGGAUGGCUUUCCUCUCCGAUUCCUAUCCCGGCUGAGCGAAGCACUCUGCUGGAAUUCAUGUCAUUUGCAAGCAGUUUGUGGCCUUAUCGAGAUGACUUUUCAACCACUAAAAGAAAAAAAAAAAAAAAAGGCAACUCAAUUCCUGCCCAAGGUUUGUGUCACUUCUAAAAACCCAGUCCCUACCAGUUCAGACUCCUUAAAUCUCAGUCCAUUCUAAGGAUGGUGGCUAAACUGACCAGCCGAGCACUUAAAUGCUAGACCGUCUGGUCUCGUGCUUUCUUUGCUAUAAUCCCUACUGUCUGCUUGCUUUUCUUACUUUCUCUGUAUUCUCUGCUUUACGAGGCAGCCCUAGAGUUUGGUAAAAGGUGAGAGGAGCCAGUGGGAUCCUGGCUCAGGGAAAGUAGUUGACGGCUCAUUUUCAGUGUCUUAGCAGGAGAAGGAUAUGCCAGCUGCCACAGCAAAUGCAUAUUACGAUGGGCUGACUGUGGUAUUUUUAGGGCCAAUAAACCCCACCCAAUUACCGGAACAUGGCUUAUUCCCGGGUCAAAACCAUGGAGAGAAAAUAGCGCUUUGGCAUACUGGAGAAGCAGCCUGCAGUGCACAGGACAUAAGAUCUGUGCACGCCUGGGUGGUGGGAACAAAAAGUCCCCUUGGCACUUCCAUAAGGAGAUAAUAAAUGAAAAUGCUGUGGAUGGGGACUGGAAAUCUAUUCUGUAGGUUAGGUUCUAGAGACAGGGAGGAGCAGCUGGGGAACGAUGGGUUUAUUUCCACUCCCCAUUAAUGGUGCGCACUUAAUGGUGCAGAGGAAGGGCGCAUUCCUAGCAACCUUUGGUGCUGAUGGUGGACUUAAGACAUUUGUCCAAGGCCUAAUUUUGACACUAUAUACACUACAUCGCAUGCAAUAUUUCCGAAAAUAAAAAAAAUAAAUAGGAGAGAGAGGGAGGAGAGCAGUGCAGGCAGUUGGGAUUGUUAGGGUUGGAUUAUUUUGCAUCUUUUGUAAAACUGUAAAUUCAACAGUGCCUUAUUCCUAAUAGAUGCUGGCACUUGGGGGACACACACACGAAAGUACCGAUGAAAGCCAGAACUAGGGAGAGUCAGACGCAUACAACAGAGGUCAGUAAUCAUUGUCAUGGGAGCUGUACUGGGAAUGACACAGCUACGUCAGAACUGAAAACCGCUCAAAUAUUCAAGCUCUAAAGCAAUUUCCCUUCCACCACCUCCUGCCUUCCCUCCUUGCCAAUGGUGCUGCCCAAGAAUAGCUGCCUACACUGAGGCCUGUCACUGCCCCAUUUGCUUUUGGCGUUGUUGAGUCCAAGGAGUUUAGCAUAGUCAAGCUUUCCACCGCUACAGUGUUUUCCACGGGGUAUGUGAAUGCCAGUUGUUUUGCUUUAAAUGCACUUUAAAAAAAAAAAAAAAAAAAUCAAAUCAAAGCUCCAGACUGUUUCAAAUACAUAGGGGAAGCUAGUGCAUAUGUGUUUGAACCCAGUUCACUUUAUCUCCAGUUAAAAUGUACUCCAUGCAGUGUGUAUGUAUAGAACAAUGUGUAUGCAUACGAACACACACGUCAACCUUAAAUAUCAGCAGACUAACCUUUCUCCUUAAGCUCAUGAAACCAGAUGCUACACAAACACAGCAGCAGCAGAGGAAUUAACGGUUGGGCUCUUGAAACAGAUCACAAAAAAUAAAAGCAACUACUUGGUCCUUUCUGUAUGUUCAAUAAUUACAGAAGGAAUUGGGUUGUAACCGGAAUAAAAAGGAACGGUGCUAACUGAGUGAAUGGGCAAAACCAACAAAAACAAAAACAAAAACUCAGCCCAAUAACGCGGUUUGACUUUUACACUAAUUCUCACAUUGGGUUGUUUUGUUAUGGUUUUUUGUUUUGUUUGAUAUGGAAAAAAAAUAUAAAUUGCAUCUAAACUGAUCCACCCGCAAAAGAAAAAAAAAGCAAACGAAAUGAAAUGCGUCCUGCCCUGAGGAAGCUCUUGUUUAUGGAGGAUGUCAGAAGUCUCAAAACUCUCGGCCUUGCUCUCACGUACCACAUGCUCAAUCAGUCCUUUUUUUAAAAUGUCUGAAACUGAGAAAAAAAAAAAAGAAAAAAAAAGAAAAAAAAAAAAAAAAGAAAAACUUUUUGAAGCACCUUACGUGGCUUCCCAUUCCAGGAGUGGGAGCCACCUUUUUUUCUUUGAGCACCUUACUGAUGUGUUAAUGCUAUCUGCUGUCUUUUUGUUGCCCGUUGGCUGAGCGGCUGGCUGUCAGCACCUACACGCAAGCGUGCGGGGGCGAGGGCACCUUCCCAUUCCCGUGGCAUCGGCUGGGACCCAGGAGGAAAUUUCUUGGUUUCACAGAAAGGGAAGAGGGGAAAAAAAAAAAAAAAAAAAAAAAAAAAAAACACACACUCAUGUGUGUGU